GCCCGGCCCGGCGGUGCCCGAGGGAUGGGGAUACCUGGGCAGCUGCCGCCCGGCCCCUUUAAACGCAGGCCACGCCCGCCGCCGCCGCCGCCAUCGCCAUCAUGCUGUGCCUGCUGCUGACGGUGCUCGCCCACCUCUUCCCGGCGGCCUGCGCCGGCGUGCACGAGCGCACCUUCCUGGCCGUGAAACCCGACGGCGUGCAGCGGCGGCUCGUGGGCGAGAUCGUGCGGCGCUUUGAGCGCAAGGGCUUCAAGCUGGUGGCGCUGAAACUGGUGCAGGCCUCGGACCAGCUGCUGCGCGAGCACUACGCCGAGCUGCGCGAGCGCCCCUUCUAUGGCCGGCUGGUGGACUACAUGGGCUCGGGACCGGUGGUGGCCAUGGUGUGGCAGGGGCUGGACGUGGUGCGCGCCUCGCGGGCGCUCAUCGGGGCCACCGACCCGGCCGACGCCGCGCCUGGCACCAUCCGCGGGGACUUCUGCGUCGAGGUUGGCAAGAACGUGAUCCACGGCAGCGACUCGGUGGAGAGCGCCCGCCGCGAGAUCGCGCUCUGGUUUCGCGGCGACGAGCUGCUGUGCUGGGAGGACAGCGCCGGGCACUGGCUGUACGAGUAGACGCCCGGCCCCGCGAGCCCCUCCAGUUUGCGGCCCGUCCUGGCCCGCAGCGUGGGCCAGCAUUUCUUGAGACAAUAAAGUGAAGCAAAUCCUUAA